AUGGUGGCUCACACGGACACUCACACAGACACAGCGGUCGGCAAUGGCGUCGACGCCGUAGUCGAGAAGGUCUGCAGCGACGAGCUCCCGGUGCACUCGCUCGAGCGCGAGCUCGGCGACUGCGCGCGCGCGGUGCUCGUCCGGCGCGAGUGGCUCAAGCGCCAGCCCGGCGUCGCGUCGGCCGAGGCGGUCGGCCGCGUGCCGCACGAGGGCUUUGACUACGACGCGGUGCACGGCGCGUGCGCCGAGAUGGUGUUCGGGUACAUCCCGCUUCCCGUCGGCGUCGCUGGCCCGCUGCUGCUCAACGGUAAGACCUACCAGGUCCCGUUGGCGACGGUCGAGGGCGCUCUCAUCGCCUCGACUCGGCGCGGCUGCAAGGCCAUCACCGCGGCGGGCGGCGCGUCGGCCGCGGUUCUGUCGCAGGGGAUGACGCGCGCGCCCGUGAUCCGCUUCCCGAGCGCGAUCCGCGCCGCGGCGUUCGCCGCCUGGAUGCACGACCCCGCCAAUCUCGCGGUGGCGCAGGAGCAGUUUGCGACGACCACGCGCUUCGGGCGGCUCACCUCGUGCCGCGUGACGGUGGCGGGGCGGUACGCGUACGCGCGCUUCGUGUGCGCGACGGGCGACGCGAUGGGGAUGAACAUGGUCUCGAAGGGCGUCUCUGCCGUCCUCGACUU